AUGAAGACAAGAAGAUGUCGUUAUUAUAGGGAGGCCGUAAACGGGCUAGUCCGCGCGAUCGCCAAAUUCAGAUGGGUCUGCCAUUCUGGCAUGCUUGAGGAGCUUCGCCAGGACUUGGAAUUCCGUUUCAACAUGCUCAGUACUUUCUUGGCAUUGAUGAGGCUGUGCCCGGAAGCGUGUACCGUGGCAACCACUUCAUUCUCGAGGAUGCCCGCCGUGUGCUUCGGGCCGUCUACUUCCUGGAUAUUCAGGAUUGGAAUACUUUCACAUGCUUCUCACUGCACACAUACGGUAUUCCCCGAGCGGGAUCCUGGUCACAGCGUCAUCAGCGCCAAGUCCUACGUUUUACGCAACGUCAGCACUUCCGAAGACAUCCUGCCCAGCAGUCCGAGCAUCAGGCGUCUUCGCGCUGUGAUCAACCCAGACGACAAAGUGCAGUUGAGUGUUAUCGUAUCUUACGAGGACCAGGACAACGAUGUGUGCCCGGGGUGCAACAACAUGAGGGCGCAAGACAUGUCCUCUUCUGUUGAAGUGUCUUGCCAAUGCGGUCUCUCUGUCCGCUUCUACGAUUCCUUUGACGACCAAGCCGACCCGUUGACCCAGCUGGCUCUGGACGAUGUCCGUGAGACCGGACUCCGGAAGUUUGUCUCCGAGUUCUUCAAAGACCUCGAGGAGAGCUCGCCUUUCACACCAGACAAAAGUGAUCAGAAGCUAAGAGCUACCUUCCGUCCAAAGGUGCUGGAUGCCGAGGAGCUCUAA